AUGUCACCCUACAACCCUUUACUCCAUCAUAGAUGCUCUUCCAGCACCUCAAAGAGAACUCGCUCAAAGUGGCUAGUCAAGGAUCUCCCUCAAUCCUCCCAAACCGCUGGAAUGCAGCUUGACUACACACCAAUUCCAUCUCGUAAACACAUCCUCAUAAAUAACCCUCCACCAUCCCAGGGCACGAGGAGUGAGACGGCAGCAGACUCGAAUUUAAAGUCAAAUUUGUGA